GCAGAAUAGCAGCACCCCAAGGUUCUUCUUGGCCCGAUGCGGGUAAAUCACGGGGUAAUUGACGCCGCUUUUAGAUGAUGCUUUCGCCAAAGGCACGUGAUAGGCAAUACUUUGGACGCCGCUUUGUUUUUAAAAUUAAGAUCCAAAAGAUCCUCUAUCCACGUCCCACUGUUCCUCCCUGAAUGCGUUCCAAGUUUCAACGACAUCAUAAGGUUUGGCCUGUAUCAGCAAGAUACCCUGAUACGAAUCUUCGCGGAUUUCUGCAUCGCCGAGAACAUGACGUCUUUCAUAGAUACGACAAUCUUCCCUCGCUCUUGUUGCUUCCUCUCGCACGAAAAGGCCAUGUGGGCACCGUGUCAAUUCUCUAUUAACACGGAAAGAAUUGAAAAGGGAUUGAGCUCUUAAGAAGAAAAACACAAAUCAAUUGAUAGAUUGGUAGGACUGCCGUCCCCGGGCCCUCACGUCCCAUAUCCCACAGCACCGCUAUAAGCUUAACAUCCUAAGCUCCGGUCGUUCGGCCUUCACUAGGACAUUCUAGUCGUUGAUCCUCCGGGAGAGAAACAUCCCGAACGCCUCUGGUUAAAUGCGUAGGUCAAGUUCCUCUGGCAUUUAUUUUCCUAGAUUUUGGUAUUAUAACUUCAUUUCUAUGCUACUUUCUUCUAUUCUUCUAUUCUUCUAUCUUUCUAUGCCUGCGUGAUAUCUUCACAAGGUUCUCUUUGUUUCAGAGAGAAAAGGUUGUUGAUAACACGAAGGAGACAUUGUGAGACACGAAGGGUAGGAUUUGAGACGAACACGACGAUCGAAAUUUUACACAAACGAACGAAUCCUUGUCUCAAUAUGGCUUGAUUGUUUUGAAGAUCGGAUGAAUAAUUGAACGAUUCCGACACAAGAUAUACAAGUACUUGAAGACUUGGGACGAAUUUUGUGCCUGCGGAGAAUCUCCGAAACAAACCAUCAGAACUCAUAGCACAUUAUCUAUCAUCGUUACAACUAGAAAUCUUCUAUAGAAUGCUCUGUACAAACAGACCCGAGGGCUUCGGCCCAACCUCCCACCUCAAUUCUUCAAACCUCCCCACAACUUGUUUCACAGACGUUAUCCUCAUUCCCCUUCCAACUUGGCUCGCUCUCGCCUUCGUACCUAUCCUCUUUGCUUUAGGGCUCCACCACCGCAAAAUCAACUACAACCCCUCCACCGCACACCUGCGCUCCAACACUCGCUCCUCAUGUCUUUACCUCACCUUCCUUGUCAUUUACUACUUCCUCAUUUUUGCAAAUAUCGCCAUGCUUACUCUCGAAAUCGUGCGCUUGACUAAUCUUCACUAUGGCAUUGGUUUAUUGCCAUUCGGCUACGCCGGAAUCCUUCUCUCAGCUGCCUUGUUUUGGAGUGAAGGACUACAACGACGUGUAAAGUGGUGGCAAGCAAUAAACAUGUUGUUUUGGAUAGGAGGAAUUGUCAUGAGUGCUGUGCAGGUUAUUGGAUUGAAACAACAGUAUGGCUACGAUGGGAGAAAGGGGAGCAAAUAUCCAGUUAGCGAUCAGAUUCUUGAUGUAGCUGUCAUGGCGGGUGUAUAUGCAGCUAUUGCGCUACUGGAGGUGGUGCUGGUAAUAUGGAGGAGAAAGAGAAGAGCAUCAGCCUUAAGGUCGGAGAGAGGAGAGAUGGGUGCGUUUGAAUAUGGGAGAGGUGUAAGCGAGAGCUCUGGCAUGAAGGAGUAA